AUGGAAAGGAACAACUUGAGCAACAGCUUAAAAGACCAAAUUAUUGGCGCUAAAGCCAUUAAAUACUGCAACAACAACAACAACAACAACGACUACAACAAAAACAUGCCUAAAGAUUCACUGAACAGUGAUAUCCAAAGCUAUGGAGAUGAUUAUGUUAAUGGGUUUUCAUGGCCUCCAAAAUCUUACAUAUGUAGCUUCUGCAAGAGGGAAUUCAGAUCUGCUCAAGCUCUUGGUGGCCACAUGAAUGUUCAUAGAAGAGACAGAGCUAGGCUGAGACAGUCGUCACCCCCAAGAGACGGUCAGUACCCUAUGCUCAACCUUAACUAUAAAUCUAACCCUAACCCUAAGUUCUCAUCAUCAUCAUUAUCAUCUACUUCAACUAGGCUCACCCCAUUUGCUUCCUCUUUACCAUCUUUGAUUUCUCCCUCUCUUUCUCCAUUCACUACACCAUCUUCAGCUUCUGCAGCUGGUGAAGUGAAAAAAUGGGGUUUAGUUGGUAACCUCUUUGAUUCUUUGAGUCACAAAAGCAUGGAUUUGACUAAUAUGAAGAAUGAAAAAUCAUUGGAUCGUUUCAAGCAAGAAGACAAGUGCAAGAUUUUGAAGAAGUCUGAGAUUGUCAGGUUAGACUUGGAAAUUGGUGUCCUUGGUGACUCAAAGGAGGAUUUAGAUUUGGAACUUCGAUUGGGUUACUCUAAUUAG